GCAGCGGGAAACACGGCGACGGCGGCGAAGAUGCCGCCAUCGAAGGGGAAGAAGCCUUCGAGGUCUCUUCCCUCAGAGCGCUCCUCCCCAUCGGCCUCUCGCACUCCCUCAACUCCAGCUCGAGAUCCAAAGACCGAGGUUGCCGGCGACGACGAGCAGCUUCUCCCUUGCAUACUCUCCUGCGCUGCCGCCAAGUUCCCAAACCUCAUCUCAGACUCCGCAUUUUGUGCCAGAGUCUCGGAGACCGAGACCUGUCUCUCCAAGGGUGGUAAUUAUGCUAGGAUUUGGCUCUCGGAGGCCACCAUGGUCUCGUCCUCACUCUCCCCUGGUUCCUUCGUCUCUGUUUCACUUGCUACUUCAGACAAGACGUCCUUGGAAGAUGCCCCACUUGAGACAUUAGCUGAGGAGUGUGCUAGACAUUUUGGAGUUGAAACUGGGGAUAAGGCAUCUGAUGGAACAGGAAAUUUCUUUGCAAUUGCAACCGUAUUUCCUUCUCUCAAGGUUCUGAAAAAUGGAUCAAAAUUGUCAUGGGGUCUGUCAUGCACCAUGGGCUUCCCUUCCGUUGGCAGGGCGAUAUUUGUUUUCCCUGUCAGUGGGUUUUCUACAUCGCACAAUCAAAAUAUGAAUAAUUCUAUUUCUCAAUUUUCUAUAUGCAAAUGCAACGACCUUUACCUAAAUUUGGUCUUGCCAAAGAGUGUUGUGAUAAAUUGUGGAUACGAUAAAUCUCCCUUAGGCACAUCAACAGACAAGCUAACAUCACCAAAGACUCCAGCCUCUAGACCAAAGCUUUCUUCUCCUGGUGCUACUCCAGUCCAAUCAAAGAAAUCCUCAGACUAUGUAUCAAAUAUUGAUGUUUCCACAUGUCAGGACAUCUCUGGUAUUAGAUUGGCAUUGGCAGAUGAAAAAGUUAAUGAACUGCUACAGAUAUAUGCUGGAAGGUGGCUUCAUGGUCGUAGUCUUUUAAAUGGGAACCUUGUGACUGUACCGAUAUGCGGGCAUCUCUGUUUAUUUCUGGUGGAAGGUGUGAGUGGGUCACGGACAGACUGUUCUAAUCCAGAUCAUAUGUCUGAAAGGAAAUGCAAUUUACCACCUGUUGAGAUUGACAAUGGGAAUUGUAUAAAUUAUGCUGACACUAUAUUCCUGGUAGAUGCUAAAACAAAGGUCCACCUCUCUGAUCCUGUCGCUUCUGUGAGAAAUAAUCCAACUACAACAGGUCCAUCAGCAGUUGAAAUUUCUUGUAGAUCCAUUGGUGAGAGGCAAGCUGGUGAUAUUCCUAGGCUGGGUGGCUUAUCUAAGGAAAUUACAGCUUUGAAUGAGAUCAUCAUGUUCUCAUUGGGAAACAAUUAUUCUUUGCCAAGGUAUAAAGGGGUGCUACUUUAUGGUCCGCCUGGUACAGGGAAAACAUCUUUGGCCACUUAUUGUGCUCAUGGUGUUGGUGCGAGUCUUUUUUCUAUUAAUGGACCUGAGAUUAUCAGUCAGUACUACGGAGAAAGUGAGCAAGCUCUACAUGAUGUUUUUGAAUCAGCUAGACGAGCUGCUCCUUCCGUGGUAUUUAUUGAUGAGUUGGAUGCUAUUGCUCCAGCACGAAAAGAUGGAGGUGAAGGAUUAUCAGUUAGAAUGGUUGCAACAUUAUUAAAAUUGCUGGAUGAGAUAGAUAAUGGUGAAAGGAUACUUCUAAUUGCUGCCACGAAUCGCCCUGAUAGUAUUGAUCCUGCGUUAAGAAGACCUGGAAGAUUUGAUCGAGAAAUUGAAAUAGGAGUGCCAUCUCCAGACCAGCGACUAGACAUACUUCAGACUCUUCUCAGUGACAUAGACCACUCCCUUAGCAGCAAAGAAAUUCAAACACUUGCUAUGGCUACGCAUGGGUUUGUGGCUGCUGAUCUUGCUGCCCUUUGCAAUGAAGCUGCAAUGACGGCUCUUCGUCGCUAUAUCAAGUUUGGAAGUUCAGACAAGUAUGCUGGUGCAUUGUCAUCAUUGCUUGCAGAAUUGUCUGUUUCGGUGAAGCCUGUUUCUUGCCUUGGUUCUGAAAAGGCUCUCGAAAUUCAUGACAUGUCCCAAACAGCAUUAGAAGAACCUGAUCAGCUGGUAGAAAUGAUGCUUAAAGUGUCAAUUGAUGAUUUUGAGAAAGCCAAAAUGAAAGUGAGGCCUAGUGCGAUGCGUGAGGUACUUCUUUGUGCUUGUUAA